AUGUGCGGUUUUGGAGAUACCGACUGUGGUUUCCCUCGUUUUCCUUUCAUCUUAAUUUUGGCGCCAUUCCGAAGCAGUCAGAAGAUCCGCGUUUUUGAGCUCACUCCCUCCAACCUCCCCCCUCCCCAUGCCAGACGUGAGAGUGGCUGUGUGUGUUGGCCGGCCCUAUUUAACCCACCCUCUCUUAGCCUUCGCUCUGGAUUAGACUCAUUUGCUAAUAAUGCAACGCAAGCGAGCACAGCUCUUGACACGUACAUUUUUCCCAGCGAAGGCAAAGCCUCCACCUCGGAAGCGUUAACGAACCACCGACUUGCAUCUCGCGUCCUCGCAUUUAAGGCCUUAGCGGAUCUGAUUGUCAUGCUCCACCCCAUUUCGCCAAUACUCACUUGUGAACUGUGGGAGGGUUUUUCCUGCGCUCUGCUCUCCGCACCUACCGAGUCGUUGCAGUUUAUCCAGGACUCCGACGAAUGGGAGUAUGAUCUCAAAGCGCAACUUCGACAUCGACUCGUUACCUUGUUAAUCCUGGUGGUCCCCUGGGUCGUCGGACAUCCACUUGCCCCGGUGACUAGGCCGCAGUCCAGGAAUGAGUGUGCACCCGGCUGGUUACCCAUACUUUUCGGAUGUUUGUUCCUCUUUGCCACGUGGAUGUCGAAUUGCACGCUUUUGGGCGGUGUUUUUCAGGUCAUGGGAGAUCCUGGCGUAGUGCGGGUGGCCUACUACUUUGUUGGAUCACAAACUAUUGCUGCCUUGAUCUACGCCACACUUAAUCUCCCACCAGGCCUGGUUAUUCUUUUUUUUGGGUCGUCGAACGGGAACUCAUAUCUGGGAAUAUUUUGUUUCUUUUCGACUUACCUUGACUCACUGUUCUGCAGUUUAUCGCUACUGCACUCCUUUUGCUCCGGUCUUGACUCCUACCUGCGACUCUCGCGUUCACGAGACCGUGAAGACACGAUGGAAAAUGCCAGCGCAUCGACAACGCCUUGGCUGAAGGUCGGGACGCCAUGGUUCGUCGCCGGUCUCCUGGCCACAGCGCAACUCGCAACCGGCGACCGUGACAUGGCACGACUCACGGAAGAUUGCAAAAACCAAGCCAUGGUCGCUUUCACCAACCAGCUCGAGGCUGCUUGCGUAGUCACCGACCCCAACUUUCUGAUUUUGCGCACGUUGGUCACAUACGCAUUGCCACUGAUUGGAUGCCUUCUACUCACAGGCCUCCAAGUUCGCUGCCUUCGUCAGCUAAAAUUCGUCCCUUCUCGACACUCACUGGAGCCCAGUGUCAACUCGACGAUUCGGAGAGACGUUACGCUGGAGACACUCGCUCCGAUAGCCGAGGGAGGAAAACCAAAUACUACCACUAAUACCACCAAAUACGAAACGGUGCAUGAAUGCCCUCGACACGGAAGGAUCGCCUAUGACUCCGAAUCCGCAGUGUCAGAUGAUCGCCGGAACAUUGACCACGAUAAGCACUUUGCAAAUCAUGCAUCUUCCGUGAACGCAAGCAAGUGGUUCCGAAACUACCGGGGGGAGCAGCUGGCGGUUGCAAUCAACAUGGUUUCGUGUAUCGUCGCAGUCGGCGUGUGGUCACCGCUCAUUCUUUCAAGCCUUGCUUACGGCCUUUGUCACACACCAGAAAACACGCAAUAUGUCAAGCAACCAUUGUACCACAUUCCUGGAAUAGAUUUAUCAAGCUUUAGACCUGCACGAUGUUUCAUCCAAGUAGCCGCGUCGAGGCUGGCAGACUUCCGAUGGUGGGUGUAUGCUAGUACGGGAAUGCUUCUGCCAACUGCUCUCUUGGUGAUGGACAGAGACCUCCGUAAAGCUUGCUGGCGAUCUCUUGGACUCAAAGCUCACUCACUUCCAAGAAUAACCUCAUUAAAACGUGGCAAUUGA